AUGGCAGAUACUUUUCAAAGUGGUGUAAGAGCUACUUGGCUUGCAGACGCAGCAUUGGCAGAUGGAAAGGCGGAAAUGUCGUUUAUGCUUGCUGUCGCUGCCGAAAUGAUGUCGUUAGAAAACGAGACAAGGGGUGCAACAGAAUAUCCGGGGUUUCUAGAGAGGGUGGCUAUGAUCCCGGCUGUCAAUCAGGUUGAAAUAGGCGGUGGCAUGACUAUAUACUUCGUCCCCUCAGACUUUGAGCGCAAAUAUGGAGUAAGGACUGGAGGAGAAAUACGUUUCGCAGCAAAACGGCCAGAGUGGUUAACUCUAUCUGAUAACCAUCAGACCGAAGUCGAGUACCCCAGGUCUUCAGUUGCAACUGCUCCUGAUCAAAUACUUGACGACUAUCUAAGCCGUGUUCCAUUGGAAAAUGACUGCAAAGGAAAAUUGGUUGAAGAUCUUCAUGAUAAGUAUCUGCUCUUCACCGCAUAA